CUCCCCAUCUCGAAUACCUAGCUUUGGUAUAUCUUCGACCAUCUUCAUCGUGAAUACUUUUCUGAUCUCCCUAGUAACCAGACAGCAAGUCCCCUUUUCAUCAUCAAACAUGAUAGUCCACAACAGCACGCUCAGAGCGACGAUGAAUUACGACCCCGUCGAUGGACAAGACAGGCCUGACCCGCCCGAUGUGGAGAAGCAGUCACUAGAAGAUAACCAGAUUGAAUCAGAGAAGGCCAGCUGGAAGGAGGCUAUUCGAAAUUUCCUCCAUUGGGUAUUCACACCACUUGGCUUUUUGAUAACAAUAUACGCUCUCAAUAUCGUCGCCUGGGGAGGGAUGCUGUUCCUUCUCAUGUGCAAUGCCGCACCUGCCAUGUGUCACCCAGAUUGCAACAGCCUUAAUUCAUCACGAAGGGUGUGGAUCGAGAUUGAUUCCCAGAUUCUGAAUGCGCUGUUCUGCGUGACUGGCUUUGGUCUUGCCCCGUGGCGGAUACGUGAUGUGUACUUUUGGUGUCUAUGGCGAUUAGGGCGCACAGAGUAUCGCCAGCGAGGUCUCGAUCGUCUGGCUGUCAUUCAUAAGCGAUGGUUUCAAUCCCCUUUAGAUAUGCAGAAUCUGCUGAAAGGUGAUGACGCAUCGGGGUGCGCUAUGCAGUCACCCACACCACACUGGAAGAUGGAUGUCGUGGUGUGGGGGAAUAUGUGGAAUACCAUCUUCCAAAUCUGUCUAGCGCUUUGUAUGUGGACGAUGAACCGAUUUAAGCGACCCAGCUGGACAACUGGUCUGUUUGUUUGUUUAGCCUGUGUGGUGGUUGGAGUUGCUGGAUUGACCAUGGAGUUGGAGAAGAGGAGAGUGAAGAAACAUACUCAACUCUAUAGUGAGUCAAAAUGAUAGUAUGAUACAUAUGCUAUUUAUACAAGGAAAUUCAUCGCUUCCAUUCCCAGACUCCUUCGUUCCUCAAAUCCACCUGUUCAUCCUUCAGGACUUGAUCCAAGUCAUCGAUAUCCUGUUUGACUGCAACAUCUGCCCUUAAAUGCCGAUCAAGCUUCACCCCCAUGACAGCCAUGAGACUGUCUUUCCAUGCUCCUACUGGGCUGUUUCUCGUUUGAUGCGCAAUCAGAAUGAAAUACACUGUUGUAAGGACGAGAAUAACAGCAGGAAAUGUAAUCCACCCCCAUCGGACGUGAAUAUAAAUCUGAUCGU